AAAAAUGAGGGGAGCUGUAGAUCUCUCAAGUACUUCAAUAUUUCAUAAACUUUUUAACUUUAAAAUUAAAAUUUUGGAAGACAUUCUCUAUAAACCAUAUGGGCUUUUGCAAUAGGAGGUUGGUUUCAAAUGCAGAUGUGCACUGAAUUAUUAGGCAGUGUAAGUAGAAAUGGCAUUUGAGUGGCAAUGUAAGUUGUUUAAGCAUACCCUGUUCUUGAUCAGUUUACCUGCUGGGGUAGUACUUACAAAAAAAGACACCUAGUUCUGUAAUCUAGUUCUUGACUGCAGUUUUCUCAACUGCUACAGCUGUAGCUGCUUGCUUUAUAGUGCAGUGUUCCUCUCACAGAGUACUGAAGCAGGAAAAAGGUGCUUAAGGAGAAAGGGGGUUAACAAAUAAAAAUUAUGUAGCUCCUGUGAAAUAAAGGUGAAAAUAAGACUGUCAGGUUAUAAAUCUUGUAACUCAGCCUGACAUAUUUCCACAGAAAAGCAAUUGCUGAAUCAUAAAAACCACGUGUGUUUAAACAAUAAUAAGACAACACUGUUGUGCUCUUAGAUAACUGAAUUUGCAGUGACAGCACAAAUCAGCUUUAGAGAUAAGCCAUUAAAUAUUGCCUUUGACCUUAAAAAAGUACUUCAGCAAUUCAGCCACAGGUAUUCUCACCACUCUGAAAGUUGAGGAGCUAUGCUAUACUAAUUUCUUUCUCCUCUUCUCAUCAGCUCUGUCCUGAUGGUAUUUCCAAGCUCAUUUGAAGGAUGUGGAAGACACUAUCUCACGCAAAAAUCUUGAAAGGCUUUGGGGUCUGCUUUCCCAGUGAGAAGAUAACACAUGACUAGCAUCCAGGAAGUGAGUGGAUUUUUUCUUCAACAACUCACCAAAUUCCUGAGAAACAGAGAUUAUUUUUUCUGAAGUUGUUAAAGCUGACAUGAGCAGAGAGGAAGGUGAUUUUUUUAGCCCUACAAAUCUACCUAGUAUUUGAAAUGCUGAAGAGGAAAUUACGGUUUUGCCACAACUUACGCUUCAGGCUUUUCUUGGGUUUAACUCUAAUUGUAGUAAUCAUUUCAGUUUUGAAAGUCAACCAGAAACAAGACUUCUUAAAUCAGAGACAUCUUGAGCUGACACAAGAAGAUCCUGUUGGCAAUGUUAACUGCACCAAGAUUAUAGAAGGGGAUAUAGAAGAAAUUCAAAAAGUAAAGCUUGAGAUGUUGUCAGUGUCAUUUAAGAAGCGCCCCAGAGUAACAACAAAUGAUUAUAUUAACAUGACAGCAGACUGUGCCUCCUUCACCAAGACUAGGAAAUACAUUAUGGAACCUCUCAGCAAUGAAGAAGCAGAAUUUCCAAUAGCUUACUCAAUAGUGGUUUAUCACAAAAUUGAGAUGCUUGACAGACUUCUAAGGUCAAUCUAUGCCCCUCAGAAUUUUUACUGCAUUCAUGUUGACAGAAAGUCUCCAGAAUCAUUUUUUGCUGCUGUGAGGGGAAUAGUCUCAUGUUUUGAUAAUGUCUUUAUUUCUAGUCAGUUAGAGAAUGUUGUGUAUGCUUCAUGGAGUAGAGUGCAGGCAGACAUUAACUGCAUGAAAGACCUCUACAGAAGAAGUACAAAGUGGAAAUACCUAAUAAACCUCUGUGGCAUGGACUUUCCAAUAAAGACCAACCAGGAAAUAGUAGAGAAAUUAAAAGCCCUUAAAGGUGAAAACAGCUUGGAAACAGAAAAAAUGCCUGUUUAUAAAGAAGUAAGGUGGAAAAAACACCAUGAGAUUAUUGAUGGUAAAAUAAAGAACACAGGCAUAGACAAACAACUACCACCUCUCAGUACUCCAGUCUUUUCUGGUAGUGCCUAUUUUGUAGUCAGCAGAAAGUUUGUUGAAUACGUAUUAGAAAGCAGCAAAAUACUUAAGUUCAUUGAAUGGGCAAAAGACACUUACAGCCCAGAUGAGUACUUGUGGGCAACAAUUCAGAGAAUCCCUGAAGUCCCAGGUGCAGUUUCUUCCAGUGACAAAUACGAUGUUUCUGACAUGAAUGCAUUGGCCAGAUUUGUCAAGUGGCAGUACUUUGAAGGGGAUGUGUUCAAAGGUGCACCCUACCCACCAUGCAGUGGAGUUCAUGUUCGCUCUGUCUGUGUUUUUGGGGUAGGAGACCUAAACUGGAUGUUACGAAACCACCACUUCUUUGCUAAUAAGUUUGACACUGAUGUUGACCCUUUUGCAGUGAAAUGUUUGGAAGAGUAUUUGCGACACAAAGCUUUAUAUCUGCAGAAGAACUGAAAUACUGCAUGCUCCUGUGACGAAACAUAGGUACAAAUAUUAUACAGCUAUGUACUUUUAACUUGUAAUGCCAAUGGUAGUGAUGCUGAUCAUGGGUAUAAUAGUUCUCACCAUGUCAAUAUGGUAGUGAUGACACCCUGACUUGUUCAUAGACAAGAGGGACAAAAGACAUCAAGAUGGGGAUGACUUGUGUUGCACACUGAUGUUUAGAACUUCAGGUAUAAAACAGAAGAUAGCAAUUUUUAGAAGGUCAACAACUUGGAAUAUUUAUUAUCUAAAAAUGUAGUUAAUGGGCUUCCUUUGGCUAAACUAUUUGUUUCAAGGCUUGGAAAAUGCAUGUUGCUCAUUAUUAUUUGUCAGGUUUUUUUCCCAUGAAUGUAAUGCUAGUUGAAAGGGAAAGAUGAAGAGGCAGGAAUAAACGGGGGAAAAAGCAGCUGGACUGCACAGGCUUUGUAGUGCUGAAAGAUCUCAGGAAAAUAACACUAUAAUUAAUCUGAAAACUAUAUAAAAGGGAAUAUACCAAAGCAAGCUGUCUUCAUUUAAUUUAAAUCUGAUUGCUGUAAUUCUGUAAUAUGUAAUUGUUAAUCUUCCUGAAUAUUUCAACUUCAGCAUGGAAUAUUAAGGACUUGUGUUUAAAUUUUUGUAGUCAAAUCUUGCUUUUGUACUCUUAAACCCCACAAUAAUGUGAUAUAAAGUUUAUACGCUACUUUGUAAUUACAUCUUCUCAGGGAAAAGUUUUGUGCCUGAUGAGAGUUAGACUUGGAAUUUUAUACUUUUCACUGUAUCAGGAAUCUUGCCUUUGGAUCUAAAAUGACUCAAGUUUCUCAAAAAACUUUAAAGAACUUCAGCAGUGUCUUAAGUGUCACUGGCGGAACUGCUGGUUUCUUCUUCUGUCAAGCUCAACUUGUAUUCCAGGUUCUUUUAACAGUGAGUAUGCAAAAAUAAAGUUAUUUUUCUUAAUGAUA